UUUAAUUGUAAACAUUCAAGAUCCUGGUGCUAAACAAUUUAAAUCUAGCUAGGCUAGACUAGAUCUAGACUCUAGUUCUAGCGGUUUUUAAAUCUAUAUCCAGUUAUAGAUCUAGAUUUCUAGAAAUCAUUCUACAUAAUUUUUGCUUUGUUUUUUUUUUCUUUGCUGAUUCAAUUUUUAUUAAUAAUGGAGCUAGAUUUAGAGCUACAAAUAAGCUCAUUCUCUCGACCAUCAUUAAGCAGAGAGAAUGGACCAAACACAGUUUUUGUACCUUCUGUACACAUUGUCUCCAAAGUAACAGCUGGAUUAAAAUUACUAUACAGAAGAAUUAAAGAUGGAACUAGCCAUGCCCAAACCCAAACAGAUGUAAAUGGACACUUGAAACCCAAGCGGAAUGUUUUGCUUGCUGAUAGAUAUAUCAUUCAAUGUUGUGUCGCCAACAAAGGCCAGUCAGCAGUGCUUAUCAAAGCUCAAGAUAGUUUCCAAGAAAAUCAGUUGGUGAUUAUCAAGGUGGUUCACACAACUUACUUGGCUGCUGGUUUAAAAGAAGUCUUUACACUGCGUAGAUUAACCUCAGUGGACCACAGUCAAGCUUCACAUACAGUUAGGUUAUUGAAUUCAUUUUGUCAUGAAGGACAUAUUUGUUUGGUGUUUCCUUGUUAUGAUUCAAGACCAAUCACUCAUGUCUUGACAGAAACUUGCCUAACAGAACAAAAGUUAAAUUCUGCAUUGAGAAAAAUCAGCCGUCAGCUUUUAACAGCUUUGGCAUUUCUAAAAACUCAGGAGGUCAUCCAUGCUGAUGUUAAACCUGACAACAUUCUGGUUGAGGAUGAUGAAGACCUUGACACAGUUACACUGAUUGACUUUGGAAAUGCUCUAAAUAAAUCAGAGUCCUUUGUGUAUCACUCAGAUUUUGAGAUCCAAACUUUACCUUACAGAGCUCCAGAGGUGCAUCUUGGCCAGCCAUUUGGAAUGGAAAUAGACAUGUGGUCUCUGGGUUGUGUUUUGUUUGAGUGUUAUACUGGCCAGAUUUUGUUCAAUGGUGCAGACAGACUGGAGAUAAUAAACAAGAUUGUAUCUGUGUUAGGUCCUCUACCUACUCAGAUGUGUACCAAUGACAAAUAUUCAUCUGACAUAAAGCCUGCAGGUGAUCCAACCAAAAGAGGAGCCUUGGGUCUAAUGACAGUUUUCACAGACAGAAAAAAUUAUCAGUUUGCUAAUUUUCUGUCUGGCCUGCUAGCCUUAAAUCCUGAAGACAGAAUGACACCCUGGCAAGCUCUGCAGCAUCCUUUCAUGUCUGCUGAUAUUUGCAUACCAUUUUAUUUAACAGGCUUUGCUCCUCAUUCCAUUGGAGUUGUUCAUAAAAAAGAUUAUGAAUUCACUCCUGCUUCACUUGACUGUACUGGCAGAAGUGACCUGUCAGCAUACAAUUUGAUUAAGCUGAGAACUACAAAACAAACUUUGGUAAACUCAAAGACUGAACUAAAGAAAUGUGAACAUUGUGAUAUUACUGAACAAAAAUGUGUUAAAAGUGAAGCAAAACUUUCCUCCUGUAAGACAUCCCGUUGUCACACUCCCUGCAAAUGCUUUGAUCACCAAACACUUGAACACUGUGCAGCCAUACUGACUCCAUGUCCAAACAUCAGAGACCCUAAAAACCCUACUUCCCUUGUGGACAGUGGUGUCAACAGCGAAGAGAAAUGUAUUCGAUGGCUCAGAAAAAUUGUUCAUCAUCCUGGACCUCAGAAUCACAAUACAUGUUUUAUCACGGACACUGCAAAUGAUGAAGUGUUGGAACAGGAUGGUAAAUGUCUCCAGUCAAAUCUCACUUGCUCCCCUACAAAUAAUGGGCUGAUGCAGUCAGCAAAGAAGUGUUCACCACAAGCAAUGCAUUCCUUGGACCCUUACAUUCAAAGCUCUUCCCAAAGAAAUGCUCACAAAGAAAUACAUGAAAUCAAAGGCUGUAGAUAUUCAGUUGCAAAGAAUCUGUUUGCAGAGCCUGAUUUGGGGAAUGAUUCUAGCAGUAGAACUCACUCACUUCAGAAUACGUUAACUGUGGUAUGUAAAGAACAUACAGAUUCAUCCCCACAAAAAACAACACCAACAUCACAAUCAAAGUGCAGAAACAAAAGUCAUUCGCCUUUGGAUUAUCCAACCAUAAAUUACAGAAACAGAAGUGAAUCACCAUUAGAUAUUUCACACAUCACUCAAAGAAACAACUGUAGAUUACCUUUGAAUAAUAGCCCACCCAUCAAUCAUAGAAACAACUGUCAGUUACCUUUAGGUAUCCAACCCUUCUUUCAGAGAAACAGCUGUCAAUCACCUUUGGAUAGCCCCCCCUACAAUCAUAAAAACAACUGUCAAUUACUUUUGGAUUGCUUGCCCACCAAUAACAAAAGCAACUGUCAAUUUCCUUUGGAUACCCCACCCAUCAAUCAUAGAGUUGAUGCCCUAUUGCCAUUAAAUCAACAAUCUGUCACAACUCAUUCUUAUGUUAAUCCAAGUCACAAUAUCCAAGGUAAUUUACUUACUAAAAGCUGUCCCAGAAAGAGAAGCUCUCCUAAGCAGAAAUAUGGUAAUAAAAAGAAAAUGAAAACUUCUUGUCAAAACUCUACAGAAUGUCAUUAUGACAACCUAUCAGGAAAAUGUCCACCUUUUAGUGACACGUCAGAUGUCACAAGUCACAAUUCAGAUGUCAAUCUACAACAUUCUUGUCAUUGUAGGAUUGAGGAGUCCUCUGGUGAUGAGUUAGAAAAUGGUCGUGAUUUAAAUAUGACGUAUACCAUAAAGCGUAGCCUGAUGACAUCAAGCAAUAAAUGUUUGAAAGAACCAACUAGAGGUCAUUUGACAAGUCCAUUGAACAAACCUGGAGAUGCCUCAUCAAGACAAAAACUGAAAGGUCACCUGUCAAGAAAAUUGAAAACAAGUCGACUAAAUCAAAAGAAAACACAUAAGCAGCAUGUAAGAGCAGCUCAGCACUUGUCAUACCAAGAACAUUUUCCAGAAGAUGACAUGGAAAUAAUAGAGGAAAGUCCUAUAGAAGAUUCAGAUAAUGACCAUGCUUGCAACAACAUACAAGUUACUGAUGCUCAUCAUACCAUACCAAAAGCUGCUAAACACGACAAUAACAUGAAUACUACUUAUGUUGAAACCACUGACACAAAGCUUGUCACAUGUAGCAAUUUGAAUUUUCUAACAGAUGACAACUAUGAUGCUUCCCCCUGUCAAACCAAACAUUUCCUUUCCCUUCCGCCGUGCCAGGAAAGAGAUGAAUCCACUUCACCCACUAACUUGUCUUGCUGUGAUGCACUAACAAGGUCAUCUUCAUUCAAUCAGAGUAAUAGAAGUUUUGACAAGUCUGACUUGGGUGGAGAGCCUUUGAUCAAUCAAACCAAUACUAAUACAAAUCUGCACAGAAAUUCAAAUCAAAGUCUGACCUCCGCUCCUGAAUGCUUGGAAGAAAGCUCAACUUUCGAAAAUGAUCAUGAAGACCAUCCAAACACAAGUUACACAAUUACUAACCCUGCAAUUGCUUGUGCUAAACCCAUUUCUCAAGCUCCUAAUCAAUUCUCAAAGAAUAAAUUUGUUUCACUUGGCUCAAAACUAGACAUGACCAUCACUCUUUCACAAAGCAUGACUACAAAUGUUGCUACUACUUGUAAGAAAUUGCAUGUUCAUAAAGUUCUAAACUCUUCAAACUGUAAAAUCACAAAUGUUAGAUCUAAUACUGCAGUAAAUAAAUAUGAAAACCAAAAGCUAGACCAAGAUUUGUCUUAUAAACAGACAUGCAAUAAAAAAAGAAACAAAAAAAUGUGUUGUUUUUCACCACAUUGCAAUGCAGCUCAUAAUCAACCUCAGAUCGACUCAGAUGCUGAAGAUGCAGGAUUAAGUCCCAGUGAGACAAGUUUAACUGGCCAAAAGUCACAACUGUGCUUGAGGCCAGACCCUAAAGAAAACAAUGUGAUUACCAUGAAUGAAACUUUCUCACUCAAUGAUGAAGUCAGCAAGAUUUUAGAUGUCCCUGUGGAUGACAGUGAGGAGGAUCAGAGUAAUGACUCUGUGAGUUUAAUCUAUGAUGAGUAGACUUACACACUGAGAGGUGAAUCUCUGAUGAGUAGACUUACACACUGAGAGGUGAAUCUAUGAUGAGUAGACUUACACACUGAAAGGUGAAUCUAUGAUGAGUAGACUUACACACUGAGAGGUGAAUCUAUGAUGAGCAGACUUACACACUGAGAGGUGAAUCUAUGAUGAGGACUUACACACACACUAUUACACUGGUCCUUUAAUGCAAACAAUAGAUAGACCAACUCCUUCCUGCCCUUUUAUUCAAGAAUAACUCCAUUUCUUGAUUUUCUCUUGACACACAUUCAUUUGGCAGGUAUACACGUUACUUGUGAAUAUUUUAACAACUGUUAAUGCAUUUUAAAAAAUACUAAUAUAGUAGUAACUAUUAUAUGUUAUGAAUCUUAAGAUUGUACAAAUGUCAUUUAUGUAAAACUUAUUAGACCAAGAGCAAGAGUCCACCUAAACAAUAAGGUGACAAAUAGAACUAGGAAGAUCUUAACCUUACAUAUAAUGAUGUAAAGUAAGAACAUCUGUAACAUACUUUUGAUUUUGUCGUACCAUUGUUUUAAAUUGUACUUAUUGAAUAAUGGAGUUUUAAAUUUAAUUAUAUACUUUAGAAUGAUAACAUUUGCAUCAUAUAUCCCUUUGUAGUGUUUUCCUUCAUGAAUAAUUAUUUUUACCUGAUGACAAUUAACUCAUCAAUUCAUUAACUAAUAACCAUGGAGUCAAAGAUGAAAUCUUAAAGUUAUAUCUUCACUGUUGUGUCAUGUAAAUGAUUUAGAGUCAUUUAUCUGAGAGCAACUCAGUGCCUUAAGCCAUUUCUUAUAUUUCUAUGACAUAGGAUGAAGACUGCUUAUGUGCCUGUGGAAUAUAUCUACCAUGUAGUUCAUAAUCAUUUUGGCUUAAUCUAUUGUGGACAUUCCAGCCCAAACUAGCUUCAGAUAAGCCAUUCAUUUACCAUCCUAUCAGCAGUCUUCUCUACACAAAACAUCAUCUGGACACAGAACUUUUCUAUUUUCUAAUGGCAGCAUUAGACUCACCUAUCCUAAAGGUCAGGUUCAUUCAUACUUAGGUCUCUUCCAGUCUCUUAUUGUCAACUGCUUUGUUUACCUUGUCAAUGGCCUUGGACACUGGACAUCUUCCUGGCCAUGUUUAUAAUAGCAAAAUAAGGUGGCAAUGGCAAUAUCUAAGGAAACGAUUAUGCCUUUGGGAGAUAAUAAUGGAUUUACAAUUUUUGGAUGUGCUAAACUAUUAUUUUCAUUAUUUUGUAGAAUAUUCUGAGUCUAUGGUAUUUCUGUCUGAAUAUAGGAUUGUUCAGGUUCUUUAAAACCUUUCUACUGCUGUUUUCUAGGUGGCAACCAGCUUGUUCAUUUGUGCCAAAGGGCAAUAAUAAACUUUAGGGAUGAACCUUCAGGCGCACUCAGUAAUGUUGCUGUUAUUUACAAGUAUAAGACAUAACUCCCAAUUUGUUUUUAUGUAAUGCAACUUUUGUAGCCUAGUGGCUUUGGCAAAAACUUCAGAAAGUGUGGCAGUUUGUAAUAUUGGCAGAUAAUCAUUAUUAAUAUUAUCUAGAACUUGAUGUUGUGAUAUAAAUUCCAAGUUAGCAAAGACUAAACUGAGAUCUGCCCUUCAUAAUGAGCUAUUGUUAGUGUGAAGUAAGGGAAAUUAUUUUUAAAAAAAAAGAUGAGUACAUUUACAUAGUCAUCUGAAACUGUCUUAUCGUACUCCCUAGAGGGUGAAUGGGCAUCAAGAUCUUCAUCUACCAUAGUGUGUACAACUGUUGUUUCUCUGUUAUCAAAAUCCAUUUCUUUUUUUUUGGUGGUGGUCAACAUUGAUGAUGCCUCUAUUGCUUUGCCAUAGUUUCAUAAUGUCUCACCCUGAGAGGUUGUUGAUGCUGUGAUUAAGUCUUCCGACUACAUUCAGCCAUAACAGAAUUGUAAAUAGCAAUGUAUUAGUUACUGGAGAACAUUGACUUAAUGAAUACACACUUCAUUGUAUUCACUUGUAAGGUUGGGCUUUAAAAGAAUAAGGACAUGAGUUUUUGGCUCUUCACCUGGCUGUACUGACUGGGUCCAUAACUUUUGUGAUAGGUGAACUAGCUCUGUGUUAAUGAAAAUUGUCAAUUAUGUUGACACCUGAAAUAUUGCUUUUUAAAAGGUUCAAUUUUGACUUUACUUUCAUUACACUGUACAUAUUUGUUAAAGUUGUCAGAUUAUUCUGAAAAUUGUUUUUGUAAAGAUUAUAAUUAAUAAUAGUAAUUAUAAUUGUAGAUAUGUAUGAUAAGAUAAUGCGCAUACAGUUGAUCUGAUGACAAAUUAGUCUCUUGCAAAUGAAAUCUCUUUUUUUCCCCCAUAACUGUCUUGUAUACAACCUGAGGCUACAAAGUUUUAACUAUUUUCAUAUAUAUGUGCUUCCACAGCUGUAAAGUUUGGUUUGAAAUAAGCAAGUUUAAACGAGUUUUUCAAUUCAUCUCUUCAGUAAAAAGUUUUUUUGUAUUGAUUUAUUUAGUCUCUUUCAAUAUUUUGAAUAUACAGUUUUUCAAACCAGUUGUUUAAAUCCCAACAAAAUGACACUAGAGAUGUUUCUCUUCUUGACUCCCUUUAGUCUAAUAGUUAUGUACAUGCACUGGAUGUGUUCAUUUCGCAAUGCACAGGGUCAGGUCAAGGUCAUGGUCUCUCUGUUCAAACUUAAUGAAUGGCAGAAAAUUAUGUAGCAGUGAAGAUGAAUGGACCAUCCUAUACAAUGAGUUUGUCUACUUUUGACAGAGCACUACUUGAUGAGUUGAAGUUUCAGUUUUUUAGAGUUAUCAUUCCACACAAGGGGAAAGAUGGUAUUGCACUGUCACAUAUAUAAUAUGUAUAUAUCUAAUAUAUAAAGUAGAAAGUAAAGCGUAUGUAUGUUUGUAUGUAUGUAUGUCCCCGUAUAGAAAUCAAAACCGUUUGACCGAUCUUGAUAAAACUUGGCAGAAAUGUUCCUUGGGUACCAAUUUAGACCGUAGUGUAUGUAUUGUAGCCCUUAAACAAACUUAAGACUCUCAAAAAUAAAAAAGUUGACCAGCUAUAUGAAAGCAUUAUAACUUCAUUGAUCUAGGCCAUGUUUACAUGAGAAAAGAACGAAAGGAUCUAGAUCUAAUUUUAGGAACUACAGUUUGUGUAACUAUGGGAGCUAUUGAACAUCCUGAUUUCACUGUCACUUUUAUAGUGCUCAAAAUUAGUGCAAUGGCAACUUUUGGUCUUCUGAAAGUGAAUUAUUGUUUUCUAAAAUGAGAAAUGCAAGCUUUUUUUUUUUAAAAAGUCUUGUUAGUACUUCAUCAAAGAAUACAAUAGAGGGAAAUGUCAUGCCUAAAAAACUUUUUAUGCAUAGUGUAUGCAUUUACUUCUAUCUAAUAGGCAGUUUCUGUUAAUUAAUGUUAAUCCACAACUUUUACAUGAGAUUCCAUUAGAUUGUAUGCAAAGUAAUAUGUGAGCAUGGGGUACCCCAGAGGGGUUAUACUUUAUUAUCAAGCAUAAAUUCAUUGAGUUUCUGUCUUUUGAUUGUUUGCCUAUUUUAAUUAGUAUAAACAUUUGUAUGUUUAAGAAAAAUAAGUCUCACUUGUUUAAGAAUUUAUAUGUUUAGUUGCAUAUAUUUUAAAGUCUACAUCAAAGUACACAUUUAUAUAUAUAUAUAUAUAUAUAUAUAUAUAAUUAAAACUGACAUUUUAUUACAGAUUAUUAUAGAUCUAAGUACUAUGCAUGCUUUAUUAUUCACACACACACAAAACUUUGAAAAUAAAAUUCUCAUG